CAUUAUUUUGAGUGCUUGCUUACACGUCAAAUGACUGGUAUUGGUAUGAUUUUCGAGUAAAAUGUCUAAUAUUUACCGAUAAAAACGAUAAAUAUUAUAGAAAAGACCGUGAAAUAAAGUAGAAAUUACGUUGGUAGUUUGUGGAUGUUCAGACAAAAUUGCAAAAUCAUUCCUUAGGUGUAAAAUUAAUUUAACAUAGGCUAGGCUUAUCACAAAAUGGGUGGCCUAUUUAGUUAUUUUAGAGGUUUGUUAGGGGCUCGGGAAAUGAGGAUUUUGAUUCUUGGUUUGGAUGGCGCCGGGAAGACUACUAUUCUGUAUAAAUUACAAGUUGGCGAAGUGGUCACCACUAUCCCUACAAUUGGUUUUAACGUGGAGCAAGUGACGUACAAAAAUCUUAAGUUUCAAGUAUGGGAUUUGGGUGGACAGACCAGUAUAAGGCCGUACUGGCGAUGUUAUUAUGGCAACACAGAUGCUAUAAUAUAUGUGGUAGACUCGGCUGAUCGAGAUAGAAUAGGAAUAUCUAAGGAUGAGUUGGUGCAUAUGUUAAGAGAAGAGGAAUUAGCGAACGCAAUCCUCGUGGUAUUAGCAAAUAAACAAGAUAUGGCCGGGUGCCUCACAGUGGCGGAGGUCCACCAAGCUCUGGGUCUGGACGCGCUGAGAGACCGCACGUUUCAGAUCUUCAAGACGUCAGCGGUCCGCGGCGAGGGACUGGACCAGGCUAUGGACUGGCUGUCUAACGCAUUGCAAGCUAGGAAAUAACACCAGAUUUAGGUUGGUUUUAUAUGAAGUGGAUUUCUGAUUGCGCAGUGACCGCUGCAUAGUCAUCACCCGCCACUAGUUUAGUUAGCGUCGCCGCUGGACCUUGCUAUGUCAUGUUUGAACAAGGAUUUUAUUGGGAUUAUAAUCAUCACUAUUCAGUCUUUUCGGGACUGUUGGCUCUGUCUACCCCGUGAGGUAUAUGGACGUGACAUAUGUAUAUGUAUUUAAUUAUCGUUUUCAGAAUAACUUUAUGAAUGACAUAAAUAGAAUACAGGGGCGAGAGUGCAACAAUAUUAAUUGUGUAAAAACAAAAAAAAACAAUGAAAUUUGGAGUUGUACGUUUGAUAAUAGGUAUCCUUUUGAGCAUCAGCUUUUCA